ACGGAGCUAAUGAUACGUCACUGCGAACCAAUAGGGAGAGGAGGACCGGGAAGCAGUUCCGGGGUCGGUGGAAGAUGGCGUUGGGCGAGCGGACUUACUAUCUGAUCAAAUUUAUGAGACUUUUUAACUCCUUCCUCUUUCCUGGACUGAUUAUAAGCGGACUUUUAUGUGUUUUUUUGAUUUUUGUCCUUUGGUCAAUCAGAGUAACACUACAGAAAAAGAAAAAAUCAGUUUCAACAUACAGAUAUAAAAAAAAUCAGAGGGUGAUUGCAUUUUUUCAUCCGUACUGCAAUGCUGGCGGUGGAGGAGAGAGAGUUUUGUGGUGUGCCCUGCGAGCUCUGCAGAAAAAGUAUGAUGAAGCAACUUAUGUUGUUUAUACUGGUGAUAAAAAUGUCACUGGUGAACAAAUCCUAGAUGAGGCUUUCAGAAGAUUCAACAUCAAAUUAGAACAUCCAGUGAAGUUUGUGUUUUUAAGAAAACGGUACCUUGUGGAAGCAUCACUCUAUCCUCACUUUACUCUGCUGGGCCAGACCGUCGGGUCCAUUUUUCUUGGCUGGGAAGCUCUUAGGAAGUGCGUGCCUGAUAUUUACAUUGACUCCAUGGGUUAUGCUUUUACAUUGCCACUGUUUAAGUAUUUAGGAGGCUGCAAAGUUGGAUGUUAUGUCCAUUAUCCCACCAUCAGUAUUGAUAUGCUCUCUGUUGUGAGAAAUCAAAAUGCUAGAUUUAACAAUGCAACCUUUAUUACCCAAAAUUAUUUUCUCAGCAAAGUGAAGCUCAUCUACUAUUAUUUAUUUGCUUUGUUUUAUGGAUUGGUUGGAUCUUGCAGUGAUGUAGUCAUGGUCAAUUCUUCCUGGACUCUAAACCAUAUUCUGUCCCUCUGGAAGGUACAGAAUUGUGAUAUUGUUUAUCCCCCUUGUGAUGUGAAAACAUUUUUGGACAUUCCAUUACUUAAAGAAGAAGAGACACCCUCAGAAGUUAUAGUGGUAUCAAUUGGCCAAUUCAGGCCUGAAAAGAACCAUUCUUUGCAGAUCAGAGCCUUUGAGAAGUUGCUGGGAAAGAUGACUCCAGAUUAUUCUUCUUCACUUAAACUUAUCUUAAUUGGAGGUUGUCGUAACAUAGAUGAUGAAAAACGGGUAAAUGAGCUUAAAAAGCUUUGUGAAGACCUAAAAGUUCAAGAAAAUGUGGAGUUUCAAAUCAAUAUUCCAUUUGAAGAAGUCAAGUAUUAUUUGUCGAAAGCAACAAUUGGCCUUCAUACUAUGUGGAAUGAGCAUUUUGGAAUUGGGGUUGUGGAAUGUAUGGCUGCUGGGACAAUAAUUCUGGCUCACAAUUCAGGAGGCCCAAUGCUUGAUAUUGUUAUACCUUAUGAAGAUAAUAUAACUGGAUUCCUGGCAGAAAAUGAAGAAGAUUAUGCUGAAAAGAUGGCAUAUAUCCUUUCUUUGUCUCCUGAAAAGAGGCUUCAAAUAAGGGAGAAUGCUCGUCAAUCUGUAAGCAGAUUUUCUGAUGAAGAAUUUGAAGUGUCAUUCCUCUCAGUUAUAGAGAAGUUGUUGUAAUAAACGUAUGAUUAAAUGCC